UACUCAUCUAAAUUUUUGUUAAAAAAUCCUUUUCUUUAGCAAUGAUUUCUUUCUAUGCCUUUCUACCAAUCCUUUUCUAUCCAUCAGCUGUCAAAUGCCAAUGCUAUAGCUGCGAUAAAUUUUGGAAUACUGAUUGUAAGCCGCGUGUUGAAGGCUUCCACUGUGAUCCUAAUACAAUCGUAGCCACCAACAUAAACCCCUUGACGGAACUUUCAACGAUGUACACUGAAUGCAGUCUCCCGCAUCAUAACAUAAAAUUACUCAAAGAUUUCUGUUGCGUUUUUUCGCCGCAAAUCGGCUGCAAUGUAGCCCUGAAUCCGGUAUCGUUUGUGAAUAAGCCGAGCAGGUAUUGUACGCAUUGUUUCCAGCGAUGUAAUUGUACGGAGAAUGUGGCCUCACUGCCACAGGCCUGGCACUGGGGCAAACUAUGCAUUAUGUCCAGCUUGAUUUACCUGCUCUUCAGUCCGAAGUCGGGAAUAUUUUGCCGAAAUCUCAUGAGGACGUACGCCUGUCCCGUCAAUCAGGUGUCAUACAUUUAGAGAAAUUCUGUUUAUUAUUUAAUUUUUUCGGAUUUUCAAGGGUCUUGUAAAAUUUUCUUGUGAGACUUUCGGGUUAAAUAUGGGUGCCUUUCCCGGUUUGGUACUGAGAAUGCUCUUUAUGCUGGUGCUGAUUUUUCGUCCAGGUUCGGAUGCUCAAUGUGUUGAUUGCGAGAAACACUGGAGUUCGCAAUGCAAACCAAAUGCUUCUGGUCACUAUUGUAUGCCAGGCACCUUGAUAUCAUCUAAAGGUCAGGCAUACUGGGAUGAACCGAAGACGCUGAGUCAGUAUGUAAAUUGUAUACCUCCGGGAUAUGUUGUGGGAUUUGUUCAUGGCUGGUGCUGCUUCUGGUCAAAGAAAUUUGGGUGCCAGGCUGCCGUGCAUCCGCAUGUUUAUCAGAGCGGAAACACAUUUAAGUUCUGUCAGAAAUGUCAGACUUUGUGUAAAUGCAGCAGCGCGACAAAGUUGCUCCCCAGCAAUUCACGGGCCUGGCAGAGAGUCUACCAUGUCUUUCGAUAUAUACUUUUUACACUCUUUCAGAUACUUAAGUAAGGAACCUUAUUCAGAUAGAUGUGAUAUAUAUGAAGAGUGUAUGGUGUAAGGGCUCUACAGCCAAACAGAUUAAAUAGACUGUUAGGAUUAAAGGAUGACAUCAUUAAUAUAUGGAAUGUAUAUAGUUUAAGGUAU